GUAGCAUGCGCUUACCCAUUCGUGAGGGUGUUUCAGUGGCGGGGCUAUAUUAUGUGAAAUUCGAUGGAGUUUCGAAAUAAAUUUGUGGUUCGUUGCGCCAGAUCCAGUCUUACAACUAGGCAAAUACAAGCAACUCUACUCUCUGAAUGCGGUGAAGUUCUAAGCAUGCGGCAGUUACAAACGAUCAGCAAGACUAACUGUGUUGGGAGCAGACAGCCAGAGAGCUCCCUCUAUCUAGUG